GACUACAAUUGCUCUGUGGAUUUCAUAAGAUCGACAUUUCUGGUCAAAGAGACGGUCCGCGAGAGCCCAAACGGCACCGUACUCGACGAGAAGCUGAGGUUGGAUGAGCUAGACGCAACGACUCCGGCGUACCAGACCGCCGACAUCGUCGUCGUCAACACCGGGCACUGGUGGACUCACCCAAAGACGUCAAAAGGGCUCAACUAUUAUCAAGAAGGCUACCGUGUUCACCACAGCCUUGAGGUGAUGGAGGCAUACAGGAAAGCACUGACCACAUGGGCCAAAUGGGUCGACAAGAACAUAAACCCAACAAGAACUCAGAUCGUGUUCAGAGGACUCUCCCUAACACACUUCAAGGGAGGGCAGUGGAACUCGGGAGGGAGAUGCCAUAGGGAGACCGAGCCGAUAUUCAACCACACGUACCUCACCGAGUACCCCGAGAGGAUGAGAGUACUGGAGAAGGUCAUGAGCCGGAUGAAGACCCCUGUGAUAUACCUCAACAUCAGCCGGCUCACCGACUACCGGAAGGACGGCCACCCGUCGGUGUACCGGGUGCGCUACGACACGGAGGAGGAGCGGAUGGCGGCGGGGGCGGCCCAGGCCUGCCGGGCGUGCCGGACACGUGGAAUGAGCUGCUGUAUGCCUCGCUGCUCCAGGCAGGCAAAGGUUCCUGGAGACUAUGAUAGGAUGGUUACAUGA